GUUUUAAAGUAGUGUAAUCUGGUUUUAGGACAGAGGAACCUAAUACAGUAUGUGUAUUAAACUAGCAUUUGAAAUAUCUCACUUUUUGAAUUUAGUUAUACCUUAAUUUGUCAAAUAAUUAACAGUACUGCACGGAUUACGCUGGAUUUGCAUGUAGAGCCGCUGGAAUGUCACUCAAAAGGACAUCAAAGAAUCUCCCGGGCGACGGCGUCAUAGAGAUUCAAAAGAAACAAUUAUAAACAAUCAAACACAGUCGCAGCAGCUGAGAGUUUGAUAAGAGCUCUUCACGAACUACAUUUUUGCUUCAUUGUACUUUUAUUUGUCAAUAAUAUAGUUUUGUGCAGAUAUUGUACGUCUGGAUCGUAAUUUUGUCGUUUUCAGUUAUCUAAGUGUACAUUUUUAUCGUUUCGCAUCUAAAAAUCAUCAACGCACUGAAAACAUUCUAAGAGAUAAUAUUACACCAGAUAUCAUGUCACCUGUGGAAGUAUGGGUGGGUCCUUGGAGGCCACACAGACCAAGGGGCCCCAUCGCUGCAAUGUAUAACAGUCCAGGGCCAACAUAUGCUCUGCCAGGGGCAACUGGAAUAAACAACCAUGACCCGCGGAUGCAGAAAGGUCCAGCAUUUAGCUUCGGCACACGUCAUCGUGGCUUACAGACCAACUCUUCCCCAGGUCCCAGUUACCUCGUUCCCUCCAACAUCACCAGGGUGGGUCGGGAUGGAACCCCUGCAUACUCUGUCUAUGGCCGACCCAAGGAUAUUAAGCCCUUCCAGACUCCUGGCCCAGGAAGUUACUCCCCUGAAAAUGCAACAAAGACCACUUAUUACUUGGCUCCUGCGUUCUCUCUGUCUGCAAGGACUAAACUGUUCCGUAAUGAUCAAACACCAGGUCCAGCUGCAUACAUGCUUCCCCCAGUAUUGGGGCCAAGAGUUGUGAAUAAAGCAUCCGCCCCAAACGUCUCCUUCUGCAGUCGUAGUGUUAUCGGCAGCUUCCAUGAAGAUCUACGGAAGACUCCAGGCCCAGGGACCUACCAAGUGGUGGAUUCAUGUGUGUACAAACACAAGUCCCCUGAGUACAGCAUCACUGGACGCAACUUCACACCUGGAGACUUUACCAAGAAACCUGGACCUGGAGCCCACCAUCCAGAAAAGGUUACUUUCACAGGAACCAAAGCUCCCAGCUAUUCCUUUGGAAUUCGUCACUCCGAAUACAUCGCUCCCAUAAUUGUGGAUGGGGCUGAUUAAAUGGGUCUGUUCUGUCCUUGUGAAUUCUGUUAAGCAAGUUACGGUCUCUCAUAUCAGGUCUUAAUAUUGCUAAAACAUAACUUGAAUUAAUGGUGUUUCAGUUAAAAAGGCUCCAAGAUGCAUAUUUGUGCUGCUGCCACAACAUGAGAAAUAAGCUCCAUUCCAAAACUAAGUGAACCAAGUCUACCUAGACUAGCAUUUUAACACAUCAGAGACACAAUCUACUAGUUCUUGGUCUGACUGCACGUUGUCGAGUCCAUGUUCUUUCAUAAUGGCAGUCCAAGUAAAAAAACAACAACAAUCCAUAUAUGGAGGUUACCCCCCCCCCCCAAAAAAACCCCCAAAAACAAACUAGUUAUACAAUAAUAUCUAAAUUCUCUCAUGUUCACCAAGGCUGCAUUUAUUUGAUCAAAAAUAUGGGAAAAACGGUGAUACUGUGAAAAUAUAAUUACAAUAACUGUUUUCUGUUUAAAUAUAUUCUAGAAUAUGAUUUCUUUCUGUGAUUGGCAAAGCUGAAUUUUUGCAUGUCUGCUCACAAAGUUUUGGAAUGGCAUGAUGUUGACGAACGGCACUGAUGAUUACUGUGUUAAUCAAGAAAUAAAGUAAAUCUUUGAAUCAAAAUACUUUAUUGUUGUCACUUUAUUAUUUUCUUCAGUCAACUGAAAAUGUAAGCUUUGCUCAAUGCAAAGCAGACAAAAGCAGGAACAAUAUUUACAUGGACAGUGCAGUAGUUCAUUAUUACAUUCUAUUUUUAGUCUUUUUACAAAACUUUUUUUUUCUUCAUGCUAUAAUAGAUUUAUUGAGUCUUAAUAAAAUACAGUUUCUCUGAAAAACAUAUGCA